GUGGAGUGAGUGUUGGUUUGCUUAUGUUGUUUGUGUGUAUUCUCGAUGUAUAAUAAUGGAUUUAUUUUGAGUUUUAGUUUUUCUUUUACUUAUGAUUUCAAAUUUUCUUCCUUUAGAAAAAAAAAAACUAAACGGGAAAAAUUCAUAUGGAAACUGAUACAAGUUUUAAAUGAAUACAACUAUAUACCAAACCAAUGAAUAGUAGUUUGGUUUUUGAUUUUGGGUUAUUGGUUUAGUGGAUUUAAAAAUUAAAACGAAAAAUGUUUGCAAAAAAAAAAAAAUCCUGUGUUAUAUAAUUGGUGAUUUUUAAAUAUCAGUUGAAAUAUGGUAUUAUUACUCAUAUAUAUUUAUUCAUAGAUUUGAUUUAAAAUAGUUUUAUUAGAUUGAUAAAAUUCAUAUGUUAAAAUAUAAAUUUGAGGAAAACCUAGAUUUACAAAUAAUAAUUAAAAUUAUUUAUUAGCUUUAAAAAUCAUUAAUUUCUUAAAAUUAUAAAUCUGCUAAUCUUUAUUAUUAAAACAUAAUCAUUCUUAUGGACCCAACCUUUCUUUUUCUAAUUCUUAAAUUAAAUACAACUUUCUACUAUAUAGUUAGAUUCACUAUUUUAAUUAUGAGAAAUAACAUUAUACUACUAAAUGUGUUUACAAACAACACAAUAAUUAAUCUUGCGAUCAAACAAUAUAAAACAUUAGAUCAUACCUUUCCAAUAAUUUUAUUUAUUUAUUUUCUUUUAAAUAUUUAUAAGAAGUUGAAAAUAAAUAUAAUUAUUUCUGUGGGUUUAGAUACUUAAAAAAAUUAUUUAACAUAAAAAGUAAUUAAAUUAGUAGAUUAUUUUGUUUGUAUUUUCAUAAAUACACUAAAAUAAAAAAUUAAAAUAUUACUCAUCAAAAAAUGUUAAAAUCGAUUGAUAUUGUAAAUUAAAUUUUGUUAAGAAUAUUUUUGCGGGUCAUGAUUACUCUUUAAAUAAUGAUAAAAUAAUUUAGAAUACAAUGGGAGUAACUCUGGGUAGUAUGUACCAUGCAUGUACAUAAUUUUUUUUUUUUCAUGCAUGUACAUAAUUAUCCAAUAAACAAACAAAAUCUUACUUAUUUAUACCUGAUCUCACCACCAUCUUGAACGAAGAAAAGCUCUCGAGAAUCGGCACAAAGGUGCAAUGGGGCGUGUAAUGGAGGAACCUCCGAAUCUCAUGCUGCAAGCAAGAGAGCUUCUUGCGACUCCAAACCACGAACGUCUAGAGAGUCUUGUCAUUCAUCUCUCAACGUGUCAAGAAACCACCGAAUAUCAAACGGCGCUUCCUCUCUUCAUCUUCUGCACUCAUAACUUCGCUAACUGCUUAACCCUAAAGCUUCUACAGAUGUACCGUUCCUCUUCUUCCAACGGCGUCCUCAGAUCCAAAUCGAUCAUUCUCCUUUUAAAAACCCUAGCCGCUUAUAAGUACCGCAGGUUCGACCUAUCUCUCGUCGCUCUUUACGUAAUCAAACCUCUUGUGAUCUCUUGCUUGAGGAUUACGCAAGAAGCCGAGACCAAACUCUUCAGAAGAAUCGUCUCUGUCAUCGCUCACGACGUUAUGAUGCUUGACAACGGCGGGUGGGACGAGCUCAGCGGUUUUAUCGUCGAGCUCUCGAGCACCGAAGAGCCUCUAAAGGCUUUGCAUGUCUUCGUGGAUUUGCCUCCAGUGUACGGAAGAUUCAUCCACAGUUGUUUCCGGACGAUCGUGGAGAUAGCAGAGAAGGUGUUGCUUAUGCGUGAUCAACAAGGCAGAGUUGAAGAUUGGAGUUUAGGUUUGCAAGCUGUUGUGAAACUUGGGAUCCAAGUCUUGGAUUCUGAGAUGAGAUUGGAUAUGGUGAAGGGUCUUCUUGCUCUUCUUGUCAAGGCAGCGAGUGAUCUUGUGGACAAGGGUAUGGAAGAGUUUCUGGUACGAGGGCUUGCUGAUCUUGAGAUGUUCUUGUCACAAGACAAGAAGUUGUGUAAUUACAAUAAGGAUCAAUGUGUUUUUGUGUCCGUUUUCUUGUUCAAGAUCAAAGACUUGGGAACAUUAACCAAAGAGGCUACGGGGAAGAUCCAUCGUUUGGUUAAGCCUACCCCAUCACAACCACGACAAGGUCAUGGAGCAUGUUCUGAACGUGAAUGGUUUGAUCGUUUGAACAGCUUACCGCCACUUGAGAUGUUAAGAAUCUUUGCGUCCACUAAUGUUGAAGAGAGGUUCAGAGAAUUGGCAAUCAGACGGCUCAACGUGUUACUCUCUGAUCACAUCUCCAGGGAAGAAGCAACAGGCAUUUCAGUGUUGAGAGAGCUUCAGCCAUUGCUCAUCUCUUGCCUUUGGGAAAAAGAAGGAGUCUCUGAGAGCAUGUUCAAAGUCCUUGGUGAGGUUGUCUACCACGUGUCAUACGAGGUGAUGAACUGCCAUUUGGAGACAUGGAACGGUCUACGCGACUAUAUUGCAUCUAACAGCAAGACAGAGUUUGAGAGAGCGGUUUACAUCUUCCAGUGCUUAGCAAUAUGGCUUGAACAUGAUUUUGUGGUUCCAAUACUGGAGCAACUUCUCCCAGAGAUAGACAAAAGGCUAAACCCACCGAGAGAGGUGUUGGUAGAUAACAGUUGCUGGGUCUUGGCGUUUUUGGGUGCCUUCUGUGCCAUCAAUCAUUUGAUAGAGAUGGAAUGUUACGCUGGACUUGUGAUGGAGAUGGAAGAUAAGAUGGUAAAUUCAGUGAGAGAGCUUGUGGAAAGAGAAAUGGAAGUUGGGUUUGUGAGGAGAGCUUUCAGAGAUGUGGAAAGCAUCGUGAAGAAGCAAAUGGAAUGGUUUGGUAAGAACGAAUACAAAUUGAUUAAGCCUCUGCUUCAGAGACUCUACCUAAUCAAAGGCAUGACAGUGGAAAGCAAGAUGGUGUUGUGGAGAACCAACGUGUUUGUGGACAGAGGAAUAGCUGACCUGGAUGAACAGCAACCAGACGGUGAGAUUGAUUAGCCUGUUGCCGCUUAAGGGUUUUGUAUAAUCUGAUGGUUAGUCUCAAAAUAAAAAGAUAGACGCUAAUGUCAAAUUGUAUUCUUAUCAUUUAAUAAAAAUUCCUCAUUGGCUAUGUUAAUCAACGUGUUUUCUCUCUGUUUGAUCAUGUCUCGAGUUUUAAAGAAAAAAAGCAAUGUCUCGAGUUGAAAAUUCACUUUCAUUCAAUCAAAUUUAUUUGUUGAGUUUUCUUUUUGUCUCUGUUUAACAUUCUGAUACUGCUACCAAGGCCCAUCCAUCACCAGUGGUUGAUGGGCAUGAUUAAUGUGUCUUUUAAGUACGUAAUUAUCACUAAUAUAAAAAGGUGUGUAAGGAUUAGAGAAACACUUUAUCUAGAGAUUGGAUUAUUCAUGUUAAUGUGAAGUGACAUACUCAAUAUCUCUCAGUUUGUGAACAUUGUUCUAUCUCAAUAUAAUUGUUGUAUCCUCUAGUUAUGAGACAUAUCAAAUAGUACCAGAGUGAGACUGCGCCGUGGGUAUGAUAAAGCAUUCGAAUAUGUGAUGGGGAAAAGUGCCAAUUUCGACCCAAACUAUUUCAAUCGUGCCAAAUACGACCCGAACAAUUGAUCAGUGCCAAUUGAUCACUGGUUGAACCAAUACCGUAAUUUUUUUAUUAAUUUUCUUGAAUAUUUCAGUUAUAUUAUUAAAAUAUAUUAUGUAUUAUAAUAAAUAAGUUAAGUUCUCAGCUUCUUUCAAAAAUAAAAAAGUUCAUAUAGUCAUCUGAAUCUAUUAACAAAACUAUUUGAUGUGAUUUGAUAUUAAUUUAUUAGUUUAUUUUUGUUAUGAAUAAUUUAUUAAAAUUUUAUAUUUUAGUUUUGGUUUAUUUUGGAUUUAAACCAAAACCUAACCGGAAAUCAAACAAAAACCAGCAAGUUGGAAAAAAAAAAACGAAAUCGAACCAUUCAAA